AUGGAUAAUGACACUAUCCCCGGUAUCCCGUCUACCCUACCGGUUCUGAAGCCAGGAGAUAGGACCUCUAACGCUGGUCCUUGGUCGAAGCACAUCAAACGCCUGCCUUGGUCUAUUGCUAAAGAAGGAGAUCUUGUGAAAUCUGUGUUUGUCAAAUUCAUGAUGAGCCAGGAGAAGAAGCGGGAGCCAGUCGUGCGGCCUACUAUGGGCCUUAACCCUGAGCGUUGGAAUGAGGAUAUUGGGUCAAAUAUCCACAAUGUUGAGGCUGUCUUUGUCCAUAUGGCCGGGGGAUCUUUGCAUUAUGUGUGGUGGUUGAUGAGCCAGGGUUCCCUGAGUGCUGUGGAAACUGCCACUGCCGUGGCAUAUCAACAUGAGGCUCUCAUCAAUGUACCAAUGUACCCCGAUCUUGAUCAAGUGGAGUUGAAAUUAAAGUGA